AGUUCUUAAACACAACACGAGCUGAACUGCGCACGCGUGAAAGUGGUCUAGCAGGAAAAAGGAAGUGAAACGACGCACAGACGCACAGAAGUGUUCCUCCGCUGUCAUCUUGGUUAGUCCUGGUUGCUGGAUCUUGAUUCGUAUUUCAAAAACUGUUUGGACAAUGGACUGGAUUGGAUUUGGAUAUGCUGCUGCCAUCAUUUUGGGGGGUUACAUGGGAUAUAAGAGAAAAGGCAGUGUAAUGUCCAUGAUGGCAGGCUUAGUUUUUGGUGCGUUUUCUGCAUAUGGUGCCUAUAAUAUCUCCUAUAACCCGAAGGAUAUUCAGGUGUCAUUGCUUUCUUCUGGAGCCCUUGCAGUAAUUAUGGGAAUGAGAUACAAGAAAUCUGGGAAAUUAAUGCCGGCUGGUGUAGUGUUAGGGCUAAGUUUGUUAAUGGUAGUCCGUCUGCUGCUCCUGAUCAUGGGGUAAAACCACGGACCAUCUGACACGGCUCAAAGCUCACGUAUUCUCAACGACCAAACCCUUCUUCCAUGGGAAACCUGAUUUUCCUGUCUGCAGUUUUCUACUCUGAAGAUGGAUUUGUCCUUGUUUGUAUGGCUGGAUUAUGAGAUUGUACAGCUUGUCAAAUUAGAUAAAUGACUGUGGAUCAAAGCAUUAAUAUUAUGAAGAAACAUCCUGUAUUUUCUUUGAUUUUUAGCACUACAACUAAUAAGCUGACUUUUUUUUUUAAACGAGUUUAAAGGAGCAAUUUUUGUAAUAACAAAAUAAAUGUGAUUUUUUUUAAAGACA